UUGACGAAAUAUGUCAGUGCUGCCUUUAUACUUCAUUUACAACGAAUUAUAGUAAAUAGAAAUUUAUAAACAAACUAAUAAUUUGGAUGUGUGGCUUUUCCCGAACAUUUUUAAAUUACUUGACUAAUAAGUACCAUAUUAUCGAGCCAAUAGGGGAAUAAUAAUUGUCCUGGUCUCGUUAGUUUUGGAUAAAAUGUAUAAUAGGUUAUAAUUUUAUAUUAACACUGUAAAUUAUUGAUAAUAUUAAACAAUGACAAUGUCUGGAGAUGGUCCUGCGGGGGGCUCUCAAGUGGCACUUGUAACUGGUGGCUACGAUCACACCAUCAAGCUCUGGCAGGCUCAUAGCGGUGUUUGUUUACGCACUAUGCAACAUCCAGACUCACAAGUAAAUGAUUUAGAAAUUAAUCCUAGCGGUCAAAUGGUGGCAGCAUGUGGGUACCAGCAUAUUCGGAUGUACGAUUUAGCCAGUGCCAACCCUGAUCCAAUCAUAAACUUUGAUGGUGUCACUAAAAAUGUCUCACGUGUUGGCUUUCAGGAAAAUGGUCAGUGGAUGUAUACUGGUGGAGAAGACUGCACAGCUAGGAUUUGGGAUUUAAGAGCUGGAAGACAAUUUCAAUGUCAGCGGAUAUUUCAAGUGCCAGCCCCAGUAAAUGCAGUUGUGUUGCACCCAGACCAAUCACAGAUUAUGGUGGGAGGGCAGAGCGGAAUUAUUCACAUCUGGGACUUGAAGACUGAUCACAAUGAACAACUUAUACCAGAAGCGGAAGCCUCUAUCCAAGAUAUAGCAAUAGACCCAGAAGGAAAAUUAAUGGCGUGUGUGAACAAUAAAGGAAAUUGUUAUGUCUGGUCUUUGGGUGGGUCACCGCCUCGGCCUGUUCCAAAGAAACAUAUACAAGCUCAUAGCAAGUACGCGUUGAGGUGUAACUUCAGUUUGGAUUCUACUAUGUUAGUAACGACAUCUGGCGAUUGUUCCGCGAAAGUGUGGAAUACAAAAGACUGGACCCUAAAACGCGAAUUAAGACACGACACACAGCGCUGGGUGUGGGAUGCCGCCUUCACCAUCGACUCUAGAUAUCUCUUCACUGGUUCAUCGGACAGCUACGCACGUUUGUGGGAUUUGGAGAAAGGGACUUUAGAGCGAGAAUAUUGCGGACAUCAGAAACCUAUCACAGCGCUAGCUUUCCGAGACCAAGCUGUAUAGAUCUGAUAUUUUUAGUUAUUUUAAAACUGUCCAUAAAAACAACAUUAAGACAUUACUUGAUUUUUUGUGAAAUACACAAGACUAUGCAAUAAAAACGCCACAUGAGAAUUUGAAGUAAUAAACAAGCUACAACAAAUAUUGGUUGGCCAUGUAGAUGUGCAUAGACUUCAAAAAGAACCGGAAGAAAAUACGCGUCAUUUGAUUUAUUUACAAAAAAUAUAUUUUAAUUUUAGCAUAUUAAAUAUCAGACUACCAAUAUUUUAAUCUAAGUAUAAUGACGUAAAUGUGUUUUCUACUACUACUAGAAAAAAUAUAGAUUCUAACUGCGACUUCAAAUCACACGACGUGAUGGUUCGCUUUCCGCGCAGAUUUCUAUGUUAAUAAUAGAUUUUUUUAUAUUUAUAUAAAUAUAUCCAAUCCGUUGACGCAAGUGUUUCAAAUUGUGGGAAUGUUAAAUGCUAGAAUAAACAAACAACUUUGUGGACCGUUGUACAUAAAUAAGUACCAUCCUUUAUCAGCUUUUGACUGAUGACAGUUAACCAUUUGUAAAAAAAAAAAUGUAGAUGAGCCAUAGACAUUGGACUAUGUAUAAAAGCUUGUAAAAAUCAACUAUUGUUAUUUUGUAAACGUAUAAUUACUACUAACUAUAUAUUUGCGUAUGAAUUUGUUCAUACAUUUGAGUAUUUGCUUUAUUUCUAAAAUUAAUUUCUGAGUAGAGUAAGUAUAUUAAGUUUAUUUAAAACUGGGUAGUAAUUUAAGAUUUCAA